ACUCCAGACCUGCAGAUCAGACUGAGCAGCAGCAAGUCCAGGAUCGACCAGCUGGAGAGAGAAAAUGCAGAGAAACCAAAGGUGGCCUUCUACGCAGCUCUGACUGAUGCAGGACGACUUGGACCAUACAACACAGACAUCACACUGAAAUACAGCAAGGUCUUCACCAACAUUGGCAAAGCUUACAAUCCAUCUACAGGUUUCUUCACAGCACCAGUCAAAGGUGUCUACAAUCUCCAGUUCACUGUGUUUGGUUACCAUGCUGGUUAUACUGGUGUACAAGUUUACAAGAACAACCAGAGGAUUAUGUAUAAUUCGGAGAAGAGCAGCGAGAAUUAUGUUCCUGAGUAUUUCACUAAGUCUCUGGUGUUGGAGCUGACAGCAGGAGAUGAAAUUCACCUGGUUCUCCCAUCAGGCUGGUCUAUCUAUGACAACAGUGAUAAUUUCAGCACCUUCAGCGGCUCCCUUCUCUUCACACUGUGAGGAUGUUGUUCAGGCUGCUGUGUGACUGAUUUGUCACAAACUCUGUUGUUAUUGGCUGAACAGUGAAUCUUUAUAAAAUGCUGAUAUAUCUCAGCACUGCUGCCUCCAGGACAACUUUCUGUACCUUCACUGCAUGAUUCAAAUAAUGUGAUUCUCAAUCUGACUUCACUUUUGUGUCGUCACAUGAAAACAACAUUUAAAUAAAUCAAAGUUGCAUUCAAG